CGCGAUGCCGGAUGAGCUGACGGAACCCGGGCGCGCCACGCCAGCCCGCGCCUCCUCCUUCCUCAUCGAGAACCUGCUGGCAGCCGAGGCCAAGGGCGCGGGGCGCUCAGUCCAGGGCGAUGGCGUCCGCGAGGAGGAGGAAGACGACGACCCCGAGGACGAGGAUCCAGAGCAGGCACGGCGGCGACGGCUGCAGAGGCGGCGACAACUACGCUCGGGCAGCGGGCGGGGCGGCGAAGCAAGGGCCCGGGCGCUGGGCCUAGGGCCCCGGCCGCCUCCCGGGCCCGGACCGCCCUUCGCGCUUGGCUGCGGAGGCACGACGCGGUGGUACCCACGGCCCCACGGCGGCUACGGAGGUGGUCUGAGUCCUGACACAAGUGACCGGGACUCUCCGGAGACCGGCGAGGAGAUGGGCCGCGCAGAGAGCUCUUGGCCGCUAUGCCCCGGGCCAGGAGCCUUGCCGCGGGAGGAGACGACGCAGGGCCCAGUGGCCGGAGGGGAGGAGGCUGCGGAGCUAGCCGAGGCCCCGGCGGUAGCUGCGGCUGCGGUUGGGGAGGCACGCGGCGGCCGCAAGAAGAAGACGCGCACGGUCUUCUCGCGCAGCCAGGUCUUCCAGCUCGAGUCCACUUUCGACCUGAAGCGCUACCUGAGCAGCGCGGAACGCGCAGGCCUCGCCGCCUCGCUGCAGCUCACGGAGACGCAGGUCAAGAUCUGGUUCCAGAAUCGUCGCAACAAGUGGAAGCGGCAGCUGGCGGCAGAGCUGGAAGCGGCCAGUUUGUCCCCGCCGGGCGCGCAGCGUCUGGUUCGCGUGCCUGUGCUCUACCACGAGAGUCCGCCGGCCGCCACGGGGCCCGCGCUGCCCUUCCCGCUGGCGCCGCCCGCACCUGCGCCGCCGCCACCGCUGCUCGGUUUCUCGGGCGCGCUGGCUUACCCGCUGGCAGCCUUCCCUGCCGCCGCCUCGGUGCCCUUCCUGCGCGCGCAGAUGCCGGGACUGGUGUGA